GGUUCCACCAGUGAUGGGCCCGAGUUGGUGGCCAUGCUCAAGGCAGACAACUUCAGCUUCCGAGAAAGCCUCACUCAGAGAUGUGGUCUCUCAGAGCAUGGGGCUCUGACCUCAUUUCCCAGCAAGGAGCCUGAGGUCUAAGGAAGCAAGCAUCUUCCCCACUGCCACUCAUCUCCCUGCCGCCCUCCCUGCUGGGCCGGGCCUCCCUGCAAGCCUCGUGGCCCCCGCUCGGUGCGGACCUGCUGCUGCUGCUGCACAGCCCGCCCAGCCUCGGACCGCGCUGGCCUCCAGAAGUGAUAGCUAAUUGGGGAGAGAAAGGGCUCGAUUGUCUGCGGCAGCCGGAAAGGCCCGGAGGAGGCGGCCGCUUCGCCCUGCAGCUGCCGCCGCCGGAGAUGUUUGGGGAUUACGUCAGCCUGGCGGGCAGGGGCCGCGGGGACAGCGCGGGAGGCGGGCUCCCGCAGGCCUCCCGCCGCCAGGGCCUCUGGACAAUGCUGCCAUUGUCGGUGCACGGAGUGCUUAGCUCCCCAUGAAUGGUACACGGGCCUCUUGACCAAGGAGGCCGCCUAUAGCCCCAACUGUCCCCUCACAGGCGGGGAGGCCCAGUGCGGUGGGAAGGGCUGGCUGUGGACUGCACGGAUCUGUCCCUCAGAAGGGGCCACCGGCAGGCAGGCAGGGCUGAGAUCAGGUCCUAGCUAAGCUGCUGCUGCUGCUCUACCCUGUGUGGUGGCCUCCCUCCUCAGCAUGGCCUCCUGGCUGGGGGACACUGCUGGCCCUGACCCACUCAUGGUGCUCCUGGUUGUCAUCCUCCUAGUACGCUUCAUCCUGUGGUCCUGUCUGGGGACCUAUAUGGACUACAGGCUGGCUCGGCCUCAGCCUGGUAAACCCAAGGAAGAGUGAGCCAAGGAGCACAGUGGAGACCCAA